CCAAGUGGCAGAAAGUGGUUUUCUCUCUGCCAUUGUGUGGUUUUCUGUCUGCCAUUAGUGUGCUCUACAUGGUGGGUUGUGUGUUUGUCCCUAAGGGUAUCCUCGACAGUGCCACGGAGCAGUGGGGAAUCAAAGUGGCCCGAGUGGAGAUCAAAGAUGUCAGGAUUCCUGUGGCCAUGCAGAGGGCAAUGGCAGCUGAAGCAGAGGCUUCUCGGGAGGCAAGAGCUAAGGUUGUGGCAGCAGAGGGAGAAAUGAAUGCUUCCAAAGCCCUCAAGCAAGCCUCCAUGGUGCUGGCCGAGUCUCCGGCAGGUCUUCAGCUGCGCUACCUGCAAACGUUAACAACCUUGGCAGCAGAGAAUAAUUCCACCAUUGUCUUCCCUCUCCCUAUAAAUAUGCUUGAGAGUUUGGGGCAGAAAAAUAGAGGGGGAUAGAGACUGUUCUAUGCUAACUCCUUGGGCAGAGAGAUUUAAAGCAUUUCCCAGGAAGCAAGGGGUUCCAAGAGGUUCCAGAUUACCAGAAUUAAAGUAGAAGCAUGCGUGAGUCCUCUGUACCAAAAAUAAAAGUAAAAAUAGUUUAAUAAUCACACAUAGCUCUCACAUUAGGAGACUGCAUCU